AUGCAAAUAAAAGGGCAAUGGAACAAAAAUAAUCCACAUGUUUAUAAGCUUGUUGAAUGCUACAAACAAGCCGUGUCUACACAACAAAGUGGGAGUUCCGAGAGCAAUAUCAUGCAAGGUGAAAAGUUUACAUUUGAAGCUGCAUGGAGAUUAUUGAAAUAUGAAUCUAAAUGGCUCGCAGGUUCAUCAGAAGCUUCUACAAAAAGAAGAAAGAAUUCAGCUUCAGGAGCAUAUUCUUCAUCUUCUAAUGCAUUAACACCAACAAGCAGCGAGUACGAUCCAUCAUCACCUAUUUUGUCACGUCGUCUAAUCGGUCAAAAGACAGCCAAAAGGAAGGAGAAAGAAAAGAUUGUGGAAAUGUCUUUUACACCCAAUCUCAAAUAUGGUUUUUUGAAAGAUGGCUUACAAAAAAAUAUUGAUCUGAUGUCAAUGUUUGCACAUGACUAUGCAUGCAUUGAGGGUGAAAAACUUGAGAUAGAGAGAAAAAAGGUUGAUGCAAAGAUUAAGAAGGCUGAGAUUGCCGAGGAAAGAUUAAAUAUGAAUGAUAUGCAAAUACUCUCAAAAGAUACAUCAAAUAUGGAUACAAGAAAACUACAAGCUCAUGAAAUAUUGUGCGACAUGAUUAGAGAAAAAUAUGAAAUUAAUGAGUAUGAUUAUUAUUUUGUGCUUAAUUAG